AUGCUAUUCUACCUCACAACCGUGGGGUUUGCCGGGUUCUUGAUGGAUGAUAGGCCUCCAACCCCGAGUGAAGGGGAGAUGAGCUUCGAAGUUCGUGCCGGGUAUGCGAAUUGGUGUCAAGGCGACUACUUGUGCCGCAACACCAUUCUUAUGUCCUUGGACGAGCGGCUCUACAACGUCUUCAAGGUCCAUAAGACCUCGAAAGAGGUGUGGGAGACACUUGAUCUCAAAUAUCAAGUGGACAAGACGAAUACUACAAAGUAUGUCGUCGCCAAGUGGUUGGACUACAAGAUGGUCGACUCCCGCCCUGUGAUGGACCAAGUGGAAGAGUUCCAAACUCUUUCACACGAAGUUCAAGCCGAAGGAAUGCCCUUGGCGGAUGCGCUACUUGUAGCAAUCAUCAUUGAGAAGUUGCCUCCUAGUUGGAAGAGCUUUCAAAACCUUUUGAAGCAUGAGCGCUCGGAGAUGUCCGUGGCAACCUUGGUGUCAAAGCUUCAAAUGGAGGAUCACGUGAGGAGUCGUGAUCAAAAGGGCAAAGCGCCGAUGGAUGCAAAGGCCAAUCUCACCGAGAAAGGCGGUCCUUCCAACUAG